AUGCUUGCCCUAUUUGUUCAAAAGCAGCAUGAGCGAAAUGAGAAGAAAGCAGGGUCUCGUAUCGAGCGCCCGGAAAUAUAUCAACUUCUACGUCUCUUCGAGUCGGCUGCCCAUAAAAGUUACAUCGGAAAUCCAAGUACGGAUCACCGAAUGACACUCGUUAAACUGAAUGUCUUCCGUGCCUUUGUGAGCAAUAUUGGCGUCCUGGGAUAUACAAGGGAAUGGAUGACGGAUGAUGCCCUCUCGAGGUUUAAUGUCUGUGGGCCCCACCAAGGUCCGGCACAAGAAUCCAUCCCGGCAAGUCUUCAGCCAACGCCGUUGCAGGAAGGUCGACCACAUCACCCGUGGUUGGAUUUCUUUCCUUUUGCAAAUCUCAGAGAUGUUCUCAUCUUGCAUGAAGACGACAUGGAUGAUGUGCAAUUGUGCCGCGAUUUGAUGGGAUUUUAUACCAUGCCUUCUGAGGAAGAUAAUUGUAUGCUUGUUUGGGGUGACCCUUGGAAUCCAAUGAAUUGGGAGGUUACGGAAACAUUCCUCCAGAAGUGGGGCUGGCUUGUCAAAGGAUGCCCGGAGAUCAUUUGGUCGACAAAUUACUGGCGACGGAUGAGAGGGCAGCGCAGAAUCCGGUGGAAGAACACCUUCGGAAAUCAAAAGUGA